UUCACCUUGUCUUCCACAAUAUCAGCCAAGCUUCACGAUGAAGGCUGCAACUCUCACAGUGCUGCCCUUGAUCGUCUUUGCACUGACUGCAAUACUUUGUGAAGGAUGGGGAGAAGGAAAAGCAGAGCGUUGUUUCUGCCAAAAGAAAGCACUGGAAAAGGUAAGACCUGCACUUGUGAAGAAGUUUGAGAUAUUCCCUCCAAGUGCCUCCUGUUCAAAUACUGAGAUCAUAUUAUCUCUGAAGCAAGGAAUGAAGGUCUGCCUGGAUCCAGAAGGAAACCAAGGACAGAAAGUCUUAAUUGGACAGAAAUUAAAGAUAAAGUCCAAGGAAAGAAGGGGAAAGAAGCAGAAGAAGAUCAAACAGCAAAACUGAAGUUUACAGCUGGAGAAUUCUACACAUAUAUGAUUGCUCAACCUUUUCACAUUACUGUUUCAUAUGUGAUUAGUCAGUCAAUAUAAUAAUCUCACUAUGCUCUCUGUUGUUUCAAAUGCAUUACUUUCCAGAGCUAAAUCACAGGCCAUGAGGUAUAUAUGUUAACUGCAUAUAUAUAAAUGUAGUAAAGGUGAUUAUUGUAUGUGUAUCUUCUUGCUCGUAUUUACUCUGACUUAUAAUAAAUGAUUAGCUAUCCCAAACACUCGCCUGAAGAAAUCAUGUAUGUAUUUGUGUGAGCAGAUGAAACCUAUUCUGUCUUUUUUCUAUCAAGUAAUUAUAAGAAAUUGAGCAAUAUUUUUGAAUUACUUCUAAUCAAAUUACCUGACAGUGUAUUAAUAGAUAACACACAGUUCGUUACACAAUGUAUAAUGAUAUUAAUAUUAUGCACACAGUGAUACUACAAAAUGAACAUUUAACAAUAGAUGUUAGAUUGAUUGACUACUUGAUGGAUUGAUUGAAAGCUGAACCAAAUCAAAAUAAAACCUUAAUACAGUUGUAAUGUA